AUGACAGAACAAAUAAAUGAACUAUUUCCAAGACUUGGUAGCUGCUUUGAGGACACACUAACUGAAAUGAUCGAAAAAAAAGUCAAUGAUAACAUUCAAAGUAUUGUUGAACAAACAUUAGAGAGUUUAAAUCAGAACCCACCAGAGUGGUUCACUAAUGAAAUGCGUGAAAUUAAGAAGGAUAUUAAAGAUCUUAAGGGAGAGUUUAAAGACCUUAAGAGAGAUCUUAACAAGGAUGUUAAAGAUCUUAAGAUAGAGUUUAAAGACCUUAAGAGAGAUCUUAACAAGGAUGUUAAAGAUCUUAAGAUAGAGUUUAAAGACCUUAAGAGAGAUGUUAAGAGGGAUCUUAGAGAUUUUAAGGGAGACAUGGAUUCUGGCUUCAAAAUGUCCGAAUAUAGUCAUAUACGUUUAUAUAAUAUGUUCCGGAGAAUGAAUGGAUAUCCAGCUACUCCCGUUCCGUUCUUGAAUGUGGAAGCUAUUAUGAAUGAGUUACCACCAAUUGGCUCGGUUCAAGAUAUUGACUCGUUGAGUAAAGAAGAAUGCCAAACGUAUUUGAGAGCAUACAAUGUCGAGUUUCAUCCAAAUGAGUCUGUCAAAUUAAAAGAAAGACUAAGAGAUGCAGUAGGCUUGGCGAUUAGUUAUGAUUUGGAAUUUCAGUUUGGAAGUUUUCAAUAG